AUGAUUGUUAGUUGUAAAACUAUUCAUCCCUCCUACUAUUAUUAUCAUCAAAUGUGUGACAUUAAAGAUUAACUCCAUUUGCAAGGUAUUCAAAACAUGCAGAAGUAGUAGUAUUUAAAUAACACACUACUCUCCUCUGCUUGGCAGCUGAAAACUGGAAACCAUCCAUCAUGAUGAAGAUGAAGAUCAUUGUUAACGUCUUCGCCUCUCUCUCUUUUCUAUUCAUUCUUCUAAAUCCAACAAGGGUAUCGUCCAAAAAUCAAUCUGAUGUGAAAUUAGAACAUGCGAGCUUUCCACCUAGAGGUUGGAACUCCUAUGAUUCCUUUAGUUGGACCAUUUCUGAAGAAGAGUUCUUGCAAAAUGCUCAAAUCAUAUCUGAGCGUCUACUCUCUAGUGGAUAUGAGUAUGUUGUGGUGGAUUAUCUAUGGUAUCGGAGAAAGGUGGAAGGUGCUAACCCUGACUCUCUAGGAUUUGAUGUAAUUGACGAAUGGGGGAGGAUGGUCCCUGACCCAGAUAGGUGGCCUUCCUCUAGAGAUGGAAAAGGGUUCACUGAAGUAGCCAAGAAAGUGCAUGACAUGGGUUUGAAGUUUGGGAUUCAUGUUAUGAGAGGAAUAAGUACACAAGCAGUGAACGCAAACACCCUCAUAUUGGACACAAAAACGGGAGAGGCUUUUGAAGAGGGUCGCAAAAAGUGGACUGCACAAGAUAUAGGGAUUAAGGAAAGGCCUUGUUCAUGGAUGCCACAUGGUUUCAUGAGUGUAAAUACCACGUCGAGAGCAGGAGCUGCCUUCUUGAGGUCACUCUAUACACAGUAUGCUGAGUGGGGUGUUGAUUUGGUGAAACUUGAUUGUGUAUUUGGUGCUGACUUGGAUAUGGAUGAAAUAGGCACUGUGUCAGAGAUUUUGAAGCAACUUGACCAACCCAUAUUGUAUUCGCUGUCUCCUGGAACUGGUGUGACCCCAAAACUGGCAAAGGCUGUGAGUGGAUUUGCAAACCUGUAUCGAAUAACUGCGGAUGAUUGGGAUUCAUGGGGAGAUGUUGCAUCUCAUUUCGAUGUUUCAAGGGACUUAGCUGCAGCUAAUUUGAUAGGAGCUGAUGGCUUGCUGGGCAAGUCAUGGCCUGACUUGGAUAUGCUACCACUAGGAUGGCUUACCGAUCCAGCUGCAAAUGAAGGUCCACACAGAGCAUCUAACCUUACUGCAGAUGAGCAAAGAACUCAGAUUACAUUGUGGUCUAUGGCUAAGUCUCCUCUCAUGUUUGGAGGAGAUGUGAGAAACCUUGACAACGCCACAUACGACCUCAUAACAAAUGCUGUUUUGUUGGAGAUAAAUUCCUUUAGCUCAGGCAACAUGGAGGCAUGUGUACCCAUCUAAUCUUUUGUAGUCUUAGGAAAAAUAAGCUUUGUCUAAAUAGCAACGUAACAUAUAAUUUAAUUUUUUGUACAGUUUCCUUAUAUUACUAAUGGAACUCGUUCUUGGAUUGCAACUGGAAGAAAUGGAGAAAUAUAUCUUGCAUUUUUCAAUGUAAACACUGUUCAGACAGUAAUAACUGCAAUGACAUCCGACCUGGCUAAGGUACUUCCUGGUAAAAACUUGAAUUCCUGUAAGUGCCAUGAACUAUGGAGUGGAAAAGACUUUGGGGUAUUAAAUCAGUCUCUAUCAACGGCGGUAGAAGGCCAUGGAUGUGCACUAUUUAUCCUGAACUGUAGUUAGCAUUGUGGAUAAAUAAAACAAAUUCAGAUGUAAGAAGGCAAUGAUAAUUCUUUGUGAGAAAUUUUGUUGGACUCUGUUUCUGAUAUCAUUAUGUAUGUUGCCAUUUAAUCUUGGGAAUCCCUCGCUUCUAUGUUUCA